AUGAGACAAAUAGCUACUGCUAUGGUCAACAACCGGAUGCUGAAUUCCAUAGUACUUAACACAAGGAAGAAAUGCAAUAUUAUUGCUGUCAGAUCUGUUCAUACAAAUAAUAUCAAAGAGGAGCAUAUGCAUCUACUUUCCAAUAUUUCAACCAUUUUUAUGAAUAAUAAUGACCUUCGAUCGCAAGAGAUCAAAUCUGCAAUGCAAAAAUAUUGGAAUUUAAGAGAUAAUCAAAGUUAUAAAAUAAAAGAUUUCUCCAUUUUAAAGUCAAUUGGAAUGACACAGUAUAUUCAAUUUAUCGGCACCUGGUUUCACAGUUCCUCAAUAUUAAGAAUGGUAUUCUAUAGAGAACUUAUAUACCAUAGUAAAGAUUCUAUUGACGUUUGUAACCAUAUAGUACGAAGCUGGGAACAAAAUAUAGAUAAAAACCAACACGCAGGCAACAAAAUAUUUAAGACGCAAUUUGAUGUUUUCAAUUAUUGUAUAGAUUCUUCAUUAGGGAGGAAAGAUAUCGUCAUCGCUUAUGACCUGUACAUACUGUACUAUAAAUUAUUUCCAAAUGAACCAUUAGAUGAAAGAAUAGCAAAAACAUUGGUCACUACAAUUACGUAUUUGAAUCCCAGGUUUGACGACAUCUAUUUAAUGAAAUUUCUACAACUUUUGAACCUGUACGAGGAAAGGAAAAUUGCAUUGAAACUAAACCGAUAUCAGAUAUCAUCAUUGAGCAAUAAGACACUAGCGAAUAAAGAUAUGAUACUUGUAAAUAAAAUAAUAUUAGAGAAGCUAAUGAAAAUUGAUAUUGAGGAUUCUCCGGAUCAAGCAACUACAGUGAACGACAGAUUAACAAUUGCGUGUAAUUUAAUCAAGUAUGACUAUUCAAUAAAAAAUGGGGCUGGUGUCUACAGAACAUGGGAAGAAAUACGAGGCAUGAAAGUUAAUAUCAAUCACAUAGACUCAAGAAUUAUUUAUAGAGUUUUAGAAAUCGCAUCAAGAAAUAAAAAAUAUCGAUCGUUGGGUGUGGAUAUUAUAAAAAAUCUGUCUCCUUCCGUGUAUUGUAAUGAUCAAUUGAUUUUACCUUCAAUAAUCAAUUUUGCAACAAGAACUAAGAAUUUGAAAUUGAUUGAACAAAUUAUGAAGAAGAUUAAUCAAAAAUUGCAUCCCGAUAAUUUCACUUUAGUUUUACAAUCAAAAAGAUGUUUAUCUACACUUUUAAGAAUGCAUUUAGUUUUCAAUGAUUCAGACGGUGUUGAUAAUGUCUUGAAGCAAAUCAAGGAAAUAUUCAAGGAACCAGAUGAAGAACAUUAUCAAGCUAUCAUUACACACUUAGUCAAAGAGAACAGUAAGAUGGGAUUUCAAAAAGCAUUGAAUCUAGUCUAUUCAGUGCCAGUUUCAAAAUCAUUAAACUCGUCUUCAACUAUUAUAGACCAUUUAUUGCAGACUAGUUUAUUUAAAAACACAGGUACAAUGAAUAAUCAUGUACUGAACAUAAUUUCAAAACUAAUAUCAAGAGCUCACGAAGCCGAUAUUCAUCAUAACCAUUCAUUCUGGGAAACCAUUGCAUCUAUAUACAUUAAGAAUAUUCUUAAAGCAUAUUCAUUAAAUACAAAAAAAUUAACCACUGAUUUAGAUAAUCUUAAUCAAAUUGAUAUGCUUGGUUUGGCAAAACUAAUUUAUCAAAACUCUUCACAAAUGAAAAAAAAGAACUGGGAUGAUAUAUCAUUUAACCCUUUUGCUAGUCUAUCUCCAACAGAUAUUAAACUAAAAAUUACUAAAAAAAAUCGUGAAGUAAUAUUAAAGAACAUUUCACUAGUUGCCAGUCGUUAUGAGAGGUUUGAUAUUUGUCAUUGGUGUUCCAGCGAGUUGUAUAUACAUGGCAUGACACAAGAGGAUUUAAAAUUAGAGUUAAAUUUGACUAUAAAUAAAAAAUUCCGUGAAAAGAAUUUAAUCACUACAAAAAAUACCAAAAGGCUAUGA